UUAAAAAAAACAGCUCCCUUGCCAAGGGUUGGCAAUAUUGGCAGCAAAGCCUCUCCCGUUGUCACCUCAGCUAUGUCACAAAUGCCAGGCAAGAUGCAUUCAAAACGAGCUGGAAUGCAAGCAGCUGUUGUACUCAUAGGGUUGUUGCACAAGUCCCGAAAGCAAAAUAAAGAGAAAAGGAAACAGGAGUUGUUGAGCAACACGGAUGUGACAACUCCCGAGAGACCUCUAUCUCCACCACUCACCGCCCCGCCAAGCAUGAAGUCUGCAGAAUUCUUUGAAAUGCUGGAAAAAAUGCAGGCACCAAAAUUAGAAGAACAAAGGAACGGAAGCCAGAAAAAGGAGGAUUAUAUACCAUAUCCCAGCAUUGAUGAGUUUUUAGAGAAAGGCGGUCCCUUCCCAUUAAUCAUCCUGCCCCAGUUUGGAGGUUACUGGAUUGAAAACCCAGAAAAUCUCAGCACUCCCACGUCAUCGGACAGCAGCGCUUGUGAAGAAGAGGAAGAACAGCCGAGUCCGGGUGCUUAUGGGUACAAACUAGAAUGCAAAGGUGAAGCCGAGGCAUACAGAAAACACUUCUUAGGAAAGGAUCAUUUAAAUUUUUACUGCUCAGCUAGCAGCCUGGGAAAUCUGAUCCUGUCUAUUAAAUGUGAAGAGGCAGAUGGGAUUGAGUACCUACGGAUUAUACUCAGGUCAAAAGCAAAGACGUUACAUGAAAGAAUUCCCUUAGCAGGACUAAGCAAGCUACCAAGCAUCCCACAAAUUGCAAAGGCGUUCUGCGAUGAUGCAACUGGAUUGAAGUUUAGCCCUGUGCUGUACCCCAAGGCCUCUCAGAUGAUUGUAUCCUAUGAUGAGCAUGAGGUCAACAACACAUUCAAAUUUGGCGUGAUUUACCAAAAGUUUAAGCAAACCCAGGAAGAAGAACUGUUUGGGAAUAAUGAAGAAAGUCCUGCAUUCAAGAGCUUCUUGAGUUUGUUGGGAGACACCAUAACACUCCAGGAUUUCAGGGGCUUCCGAGGAGGUCUGGAUGUUACUCACGGCCAGACAGGUAUGGAUUCUGUGUACACAGUGUUCAGAGACAGAGAGAUCAUGUUUCAUGUCUCCACCAAGCUUCCAUUCACCGAGGGAGACAUUCAGCAGCUUCAGCGAAAGAGGCACAUUGGCAACGACAUUGUGGCAAUUAUAUUCCAAGAAGAAAACACUCCUUUUGUUCCAGACAUGAUUGCAUCCAAUUUUCUACAUGCCUAUAUUGUUGUCCAAGUGGAAAACUCUGAAACAGAUAAUACGUCCUACAAAGUAGCAGUCACUGCCCGAGAAGAUGUCCCUUCGUUUGGUCCAUCGCUGCCAAACCCACCCGUGUUUCAAAAAAACUCUGAAUUCCGUGAAUUUCUUCUCACCAAGCUGAUCAAUGCAGAAAAUGCUUGUUGCAAGUCGGACAAAUUUGCCAAGCUUGAGGACCGGACACGAGCUGCCCUUCUGGACAACCUCCAUGAUGAGCUCCAUGUUCACACGCAGCUGAUGCUGGGCCUCGGAUCUGAGGAGGACAAGCUGGAGAAUGGGGGCCAUGGAGGGUUCUUGGAAUCAUUUAAGAGAGCUAUCCGUGUCCGCAGCCACUCCAUGGAAACGAUGGUUGGGAGUCAAAAGAAACACCCUAGUGGAGGAAUCCCUGGAAGCCUGAGUGGGGGCAUUGCACACAAUAGUGCUGAUAUCACAAAGACCACCUUCUCUCCUCCAGUAGCAGCCGCAGCAGCCAAGAAUCAGCCACGCAGUCCCGUAAAGAGGCGCUCAGGGUUGUUCCCCCGCUUGCACACAGGAUCGGAAAACCAGGCAGACUCCCGGAGUCGAUGUGACAGCGGCUCAGGAACACCAAAAACCUCAGAUGGAGGCCAUUCCUCCCAAGAAAUGAAAUCAGAAGCCUCCUCAAAUCCAAGCUCUCCAGAAAUCUGUCCUAACAAAGAGAGGCCCUUUAUCAAGCUCAAAGAGAACGGAAGGUCAAACAUCUCUCGUUCAUCCUCCAGCACCAGCAGUUUCAGCAGCACUGCAGGGGAGAGUGAAGCAAUGGAGGAAUACGAAAGUCUGGGCAGCCAGCCCUCCACAGCAUCACCAUUCAAGCAAGAUGUGUUUGUCUACAGCCCUUCACAGAGCUCUGAGAGUCCCGUUUUGGCCUCUGCAACUACACCAGUGAUCAUGAACCGGAGUCCCACAGAUAUAAAGAGCAGGAGUUCUCCAAGGUCAAAUCUCAAGUUUCGUUUCGAUAAACUUAGCCAUUCAACUUCUGGCCCAGCACACUAGCAAGAGAGGAAGCCUACAGGCCUGUAAAAAGGGCAUUGAGUGGAAACUUCUGGAACAAUCCACAGUGCAUUCAGUUGCCUGAUCCUUCCACACUUUUGCCAGAGGCUUUGACAAGCAUCUCUCUCAGAACAUGGUGUCUCCUCCCUAAGGGAGUGGUGUUCUUUUAGGGACUUCCCCCUCAGCCUCCACCUUUCUUGUACAAAAGAAAUCCUAUGAACAUUCAGCAUAACCCUACAUUGCUCAGGAUGCUACCCUAACCAUUUUUUUUUUGCAGGGCAUUUCUACUCCGGUUUUAUUUCUGGAUAGUUUAUUUUUUAAGGGAAAUCUUUUCUCUUGAAAUGAGAACACCAAUCCGCUAUCCUUGGCACAACUGCCAUGCAUGUAUUGUGCCAUCAUCACCUAAACAGCUGUUUUCAUUUUACCCACACGGAACUGUCAUCUUACUGAAAUCUCCUCAACCCGAUAAUGUGCCCAAGCAGAGGAAUAAAACAGUUGUAAGGUUCAUGCUUCAUCCCUUCUUACUGGAAGGACAUUGCUUGGAGAUGAGUUUUCUGUCAUGUAGCAACCCAUCUCGAAGCAGCUCCUCCCUUUUCCAUCUGCGCACGUGCUCUUGGUCCUGUGCCAGCUUUCUUCAGGCACUGGGCACUAUGCUUCUUGUGUUCCUUGUGUGUGAGGAAGGUUACUUUGGUAACUAGCUGCUCUUGUGAGCCAGUUUCUUUUCUUUCUAGCACUUGAUGGCCUGGAGAAAAGUACCCCUUUUUGUUACGCUGAUGUUAAAUGUGAGACUUUACCGUGCCAUGCCACACAUGGUGCUGCUCUUGAAAACUGGGGUUGGCUGGUGCAGAAUAUGCCAGUCCACCUGUAGUGUUCCAGCCUCUGCAAGUGGCUUCCUGUCAUUUUCUGGGCACAAUUCAAGAUGCUAGAUGUAACCUAUAAAGCUUUAAAGUUCCAGGGCCCCACACACCUUUCAUCCCACCUCUUCCCCCAUAUCCUAUUGUGGCCUUUAUUGUCAUCUUCUUAGUGGUACCCUUAAUUGGGCCAAGUCCAAUCCCCUCAGGGAGCACAAGGAGACGUUCUUAAUGACUGGUCUCUAGCUCUGAAACUUUGGCAGGAGACAAAAAAACUUCACACACCAUCUGGAUGCAAAGUGACAAGGCCUUGUUAUUCUGGCAAGUGGUUCUGUUGAUAACAUGUUACUUGCUCUGAGAUGGUGUGGAAGCUCCAAUCAGUUAGUAGAACUAUCACUUGUCUGAGACCUAACUAGAAAUUACAAGGGAAAUUACAAGGGAAACAGUUUUCAAGUCUUCUGGGCUUUUUAAAAUUGGAAUGUGACUACAAGGGGUUGCAUUAUUGAAUGAAGAAAGGAAGGCACAGCUUAAUACCUCUUCCCAACUUGCUUUCCCCCUCACAGGUAAAAAAUAUCUGCUCUUUAUAUUUUCCGCACAGGUGGUUAAACGUCUUUGGGCAAUCUUGAGCAGGAAAAAGACAGAAGGGAAAGGGAUUGAGUUGUCCCCCCCCCCCCCCAAGGUAUCAAGGUUCAGGUCUCGCCUGUGUACUUUGGCCAUGAGCAUCAACACUUAAAUACAUUCAGAUGAACAAAUCCAUAAAAGCUUUAAUACGUGCCAACACAAACUGGUAAGGUUGGUCACACUCAGGGGUCAUUUCCUAGAAAAAGAACUGCAGGAACUCAUUAGCAUAUCUCAUUAGCAUAUGCCACACCCCCUGACAUCACUGGAAGUGUGUCAGAAGGCACCAUCCACCCCUCAGGCCCCUUUCCCCAAAAAACUUCAGGUAUUUCCUUAAAGCAGAAUGAACUCAAAGCAGCUUAUCCUCCUCUGGAGAGCCAGCCCUGCUUGCUUGCUUGCUUGCUUGCUUGCUUGCUUGCAUGCAUGCAUGCACCCUCUCUCUCACAAGUCACAAAUGAAAAUAAAACAGCAGAAUGAAUUCAAAGCAGCUUACCUUCCUUUGGAGUCCAGCCCCACCCGGCUUGCACUCACUCACUCAUUUUCUCUCUCCCUCUCUCUCACGAGUCACAAAUGAAAAUAAAGCAAGCAGCAGAGCAGAAUGAAUUCAAAACAGCUUACAUUCCUUUGGAGCCCAGCCCCACUCGGCUUGCACUCACUCACUCACUCAUUUUCUCUCUCUCUCUCUCUCUCCCUCUCUCUCAUGAGUCACAAAUGAAAAUAAAGCAAGCAGCAGAGCAGAAUGAAUUCAAAGCAGCUUACAUUCCUUUGGAGCCCAGCCCCACUUGGCUUGCACUCACUCACUCACUUUCUCUCUCCCUCUCUCUUACGAGUCACAAAUGAAAAUAAAGCAGCAGAGCCUGCUGCUAAAAAUGAGGACAGCCAGGAGGAAAAGGAAUCACGUGGGUGGGGCCAAAACCCACAUGACCUCUUUUCAGAUCUAACGGAAUGCCAUUCCGGUGUGUUCCACCUCCAAAUGAGCCCUGGUCACACUACUGUAUGACAAACUCAUACUUUAGAGGCCUGCCUGAUCAGCAAGCUCAUUUACACAAGCUCAUCAGGGAGAACCCAAUAACAAUGGGCAAGUGGACUUAGGAGGAAUGUAUGGCCUCCUAGAUCAGCCUCUCCAGAAGGGCGAGAGAGAUGUUCUCAAAAGAGCCCUCUUCUCCUGUUUGGCUCCCAUGGGAGCACAUGGGACAGGGACAGGAAAGCACAAGGGACCUUUAGAGUCCCUUGCUUUCUACACAACCCUGGUAUACAUGAUAUUAAACACGCAUGAAUUUAUUCUUUCCAUACAUUCUGUAUUAGACAACGUCCCAUAACAAAGAAACAGAAACCCAAAAACAAGCUUUUUAAAAAGUCAUACAUUUUGACACAAACACUCUUACUGUAGGAAAAAGAGCAGAUCCAUAAAUUAGGAUGCCUGUGUAAAAAUGGAUCUAAGCCCAUGGCCACGAGAUCCAUCAGUUAUAUAUGCAUUACAAGAAGUACUUCCUUCCGGCUUUUCUGGCUCUAGUGCCCAUCUGGUGGCCUUAUGGCAGAGGGAGAAAACACAUAGAAGCUUUUCAUCUAAAAAAAAGCAAAACUUCCUUUCAAAUUCAGCCAUUGCAUGCCUACAUAGCCAUCCCUUAAAUGUAAAGUUUCAUUUCCUUUUCAGAAAUGAACUAAUUUUGUUUUUGUUGGCAUGCAUUCCUUUUUUUGAAAAAAAUAUUUUUUUUGCCUCUUUUCAUGAAUGUAGCACUAUCUCAUGUGAAGGACAACACCGGGGCAUCAAAUGUUCAUUUACACAAGACCCCAUUUAUUGCAAUGGGGCUGGAGGAGAAGAACAUACUUGAAUGUACCCCUGAUGUAGAGUAAAAUGUGAAAAAAAUGGUAUGAGAAGAAGGGUGGAAGUUUUUUAUAAAAAAUCCUCUGACAAAAUGAUUUUUUUUUCUUUCUUGUGUGUUGAGAGGCAAUGUUUCCUAGCCAUCCUGGUUGCUGAUAUCUGUUGUAAAUAAUGUAUAUUUAAUUUAUUGCUAUGGUAACAUCUUGUAUUUGUUAUUGUAUAAAACGAAUUCUAAAGAAGGGUCAGAAAUGUAUAUUUUGUUGCUUAAAUGUGUCUUUGCAAAAUUCAUAAUAAAAGAACAUAUUUUGUGUCA